AUGAGCGUUGUUGCCAAGGGCGACAAGAUCGAGAAGAUCAUCGCCCGCCUGCAGCAGCGGAUCGCUGAGGGGCAGUUCUACGAGGCCCAGCAGCAGACGCGGGUGGUGGCCGCGCGGUACGCCAAGGCCCGCAGCUGGGACGACGCCAUCAACAUCAUCUACAGCGUCGCGCAGUCGCUCCUCCGGGCCGGCCAGGGCGGCAGCGGCGGCGACCUCUGCGUCCUGCUCGUCGACACCUACAAGCAGGCCGAGCUCAAGCCCGACCCCGUGAACAAGGGCAGACUGCUCACCUGUCUGCGGCUGUUCGACAGCCAGGAACCUACGCGCAAGAAGUUCAUUGGGGAAAUCAUAACAUGGUCCUCCAAAUUCGGCGAGUACCCCGCGGGCGACCCCGAGCUCCACCACGUUGCUGGCUCCCUGUACGCAGAGGAGCGCGAGCCGUACGAUGCGGAACGACAUCUGAUUCUCGGAACGAAGGACUCGGCCGAAGUCCUGGCCCGCUUGGAAUACGAGUGGUUUAAGGAGGACGACGCGCACACGGCCGCCUUCUACGCAGCGCGGGGAGUUCUGCCUUACCUCCUCACGGGCAACGUCCGGUCGGCGAACACGUGCUACCGAAUAUUCACCAGCGCCCUGAACCAAGACAACCAAGGCCAGCUCAACGCGCAGGACAUCAGCAGCAACAGCGCCGACGUCCGGAUAUAUCCCAGCAUACCCCUCCUUAAUUUCCUCGGCCUCCUGUUGCUCGCCGUCCAGAGGGCCCACCCGGACCUAUACAAACAGCUAAAUAACAAGUACUCUACGCUCCUCGCCGAGGUCAGUUCAUGGCGGGAGCCCCUGGAGAUCAUCGCCGAGAUGUACUUCGGGAUCCAGAAGCCGCGGCAGAGUAACCCCUUGAUGGACAUGAUGAGCGGGUUCUUCGGCGGCAGUGGUAGUGGUGGGGGUGCUGCUGCGGCGGCGGGCGGGGGUGCGAAGAGGCCGGCCGUGAAGGCUCCUACGUCGAUGCCGGCUGCCGAGGGAUUAGAUUAG